AUCACAGUCAUGGAUACAUGAAAUGCAAGUAAAAUUGAAUCUAGUAAUUACUGCAACUUCAAAACCCCAGUUUGGACCCCACUGACUAAGAGCAAGGUCCUAGCUGCCUCUUUCAGUUUCAGGAAGGUGAUUGCAUCCUUUGUGCAGGUGGCCAGGCGCUUCUGACUGUCAUCAUGGAUUCUACCAACAGGGACUGUGAGAAAACUCCCGUUGAAAAUGAACCUUGUUCACUCAAACCAUAUCAGGGAAAGGAAGACCAGCCGUUAGUCGAGGCCCUUCUGCAGACAAGGGAUCUUGAGGUCUGCAAUUGGGAAGAGCUCCAGGAGAAAUAUGCAAAUGCUAUGGACGAACAUAGCCGGCUCGAAGACAACUUGCGGUCCCAGAUAGCGCAACUACUCCAGGUCUCUGCUUCCUGGUCUCAAGCCACCGUACUUCAGGAUGAGGAUCGAGCUCUAAAGAGAUUCAAAACUCAAAUGCAACAUGUGCAAAAUUCAGAAGAGAAGAAGGAAAACAAGAAAAAGCAUUACAUUGAAGUUGUGAAAGCAUUUGAAAGUGCUCUUGCAUUGCUCAACCAGCAGAUAAAACUUUAGGUAUCUUCUAUAAUUAUGACGAUGUUUCUCAGUGUGGCAGUCUCGAGACACUCAAAUGGAAAGAGACUUAAUGCAAGUCGUAUUAUAACAUAAAUGCAUAUAUAGCCUAGUUCAAACAGUAAUAGCAUACAGAGUAUGGAGUAGUGGAGGUAAAGAAUUCCGGACUUUCGUGGACUCGAAGUAGAACCCUCAGCCUGCCCUACUAGUGACAAAAGCCUACUAUACUUGCCACGUGGACUCCUAGACAUGCAUGGAUCCAUCACUGGAUGUAGAGUUAAUUACGGGUUAGCCUACACGUAUGUCACCUG